UGUGGGCCUCGGCAAGGUUGAGUCGGGAGAAAAUGGCGUCACGUUACGGACGUGCCGUCCGUGCAGCAUGCAUUUUUCUCGUAUUUUCCGCCUUUCCAGCCCUGAUUUUCUGCAGUGAACUCCAAGGUGCAAUCUUGUCUUACUAUGAGCCUGGAGUGCACCAUGUGCUCCGAAGGGAAGUGUCGGUGGUCCAGUCGACGGAGACGCCAGCGCAUCCGUCUUCGACCCAGGCCUCGGAGUCGUGGCCCGAUUAUCCAGGGUACCCUGACAACGCCACCCUGACCGAGAACCACCUGAAGGAGGACGUGGACCACCACAAAUACUACAACAGCACCUUCCUCAUCAACGAGACUGCAGCCAAAGAGUUCUGGAUCGAUUUGGACCACUAUAAGAAUGCGCAGAUUAAUCCGAUGCUGUCCGACUCCCACCGGAGAGCAGCUACCGUGAAGCUGUCGUUUGAAUUCCCUUUCUACGGUCAUCUGGUCCGAAAUGUGACCGUGGCGACUGGCGGCUUCCUCUACACCGGCGACUACGUGCACGCGUGGCUCACUGCCACGCAAUACAUCGCCCCGCUGAUGGCCAACUUCGACACGAGUGCCUCCAACGAAAGCUUCGUCAAAUACGUCGAUAAUGGCACUGCCUUCACUGUCCAGUGGGAAAAUAUCCACCUGAAAGACCGCGCAGAAAAAGGCGCCUUUACCUUCCAGGUGACUCUUCACAAAAACGGAAACAUCGUCUUCGUUUAUAAAAAUAUCCCAGCGAAAAUCACCGACAUCGAAGACGCCCACCACCCGGUCAAAAUCGGCAUUUCCGACGCGUACGUCGUGGACAAGAACAUUUUCUUUGUGAGGAAGAAGACGAUUUACGAGUACCACAGAGUUCAGUUCACCAAGAACGACGUGCAGAACUCGACGAUCAUCUUCCUGUUGGCUCUCCCCACCUGCAGCACGCUCAAGGAUUGCGCCUCCUGCCUGGGAAGCAACAUUGGAUUCGAGUGCGUGUGGUGUCCGUCGACUGAGCGAUGCUCGGACGGCGUGGACCGCAGCAGGCAGGAGUGGCUGGCCAAGGAGUGCCACCUGGCGAACCAAACCAAGAAAGACGAGUGCAGCGCCUCCGAGCGCCGCAUGCCUUCCUCCACCGUCGAGCCUCCCUACGACCUACCCCCUCAGGCGCCUGCACUCGAAGUGAGGCAAGAACAGGAAGAGCAAGGCUCAGGAGGCUACUUUGCAGUUGCGUUCGGUGUCCUGCUGAGCGUGCUGGUCCUGUCAUUUGUUGUGUGGGCCGUGUAUGCCUACUUCAACCCUCACUCUUCAUCGGGACAGUUUUUAAUCAGGUACCGGCCGAAUCAGUGGCAGUGGCGGCGAGGCGAGGCGCGAUACAUGGCAGCUACAAUUCACAUGUGAAAGCCGACUUGCUUAGUUGUUGAUUUUUGAUAGAAUCGCCAAACCCAAACGAAGAACCCUGAUUACAACUGGAUAUCUUCCUAAGACUCAUUGUGAUUUGUUGAUGGAUUGAUUGAAUUGAUUGCCUGUCUGUCUGUCUGUCGUUGAGCAAAUGGCCCUGGUCUAAGUCUUUUUCACAGUACGCCAGUGUGAGAGAGAGACUAUUUUGAGUGAAUUUUCCAUGAUUUGGAUUCCUCUCACUUGUUUUACUGCAACAUAAUCAAACUUUAAAAAGGUUUUUAAAUUUGAUAGUCCUCAAGAGUUUUAAAAUUGACUAUUUGAUAGUGCAUGAAUGUUUAUCCUUUCUGACUUCAAGGCUAGAUAGAAAUCAUGUAAAUCGACCGACACCUGUGAAAACAUUUAGAGAGUGAGCUAUCUUUAUUAUUGUCUAAUGAUUAGAUGGAAUCUCGAUUAUGAUACGACGCUAUCCUCUUUCAGUCUUGUCUUUUAACUCCUAUGUUUUGUGCACCGAAUGAAAGUGACUUUAUUAGAAAAUAAAUUAUUGUGUAUAGGAUAUUAGGUAA